AUGUUUAUAAACAAUGUUGUUGUUGUUGAAGGAAGUCACGUGGAUGUCCACGGUUUCGGAUCUUACGACGAGUCCGCCGGUUACGGACUUCAACAAGUUGAUUAUUCCGAUUUAGGAGGUGGCGGCGGUGGCGGUCACGGAGGUUUCGGCGGCGGUUACGAUCAAGGAGGUUUGGAAAAUUAUCAAUCGUUUGGACACGAACAAGUUUUAGAUUAUGGACAUGGGUCAGAACAAGAACAGGGUCACGGACACGGUCACGAUUAUUCAUACGAUUACCACGCUUAUCCGAAAUAUUCAUUCAAAUACGGAGUUAAAGAUUAUCACACGGGUGACGUGAAACACCAACACGAAACAAGAGACGGAGAUGUUGUUAAAGGACAAUAUAGUUUGGUUGAACCUGAUGGAUCUAUAAGAACCGUUGAUUACACAGCUGACAAACAUAACGGAUUUAAUGCAGUCGUACAUAAAACUCCAGCCAUUCAUCCGGUACCGGAACACGAUGAACAUCAUCAUCAUUUUUAA